AUGGAUAAGAAAGUCCCAAGACGCCCUGAAGAAGUGGAGGCCGACAACUAUAUCUACGGCUUUCAGAUGCCAGGCAAUGGCACCAAGCAGUGUAUAGAAGAAUACGGGGACGGGGAGAAGGUGAAGGUCUACGAAGAGCUGUCCUUAAGGCUGAACUACAGCGGUCCACUCUACUGUGCUGACCUGUUGUCUGGUCUCAUACAGGACAGAUCCAAGGCCCUGGUGCUGGACGUUGGUGCUGCGACAGGCUGGUUGGGUGAAGAGCUACACAAGCGAGGCUUCAGGAAAAUUGUAGCACACGACGGUGCUCAGGCUAUGCUGGACAUCUGCAGGGAGAAGAACGUCUACUCGUCCUUCAUCUGUAGUAUCGUUGACGAGGGCUACAAGUUCCCUGAGAAAACCGACACGUACGACGCUGUCACCAUCAGCGGUGCCGUGUGUGAGAACCAUCUACCACCAUCUUGUCAGAUAGAGCUGAUCAGGAUCACCAAGCCCGGGGUUGGAUUUAACAGCCACUACAUCAAGGUAUAUUUCCCUCGAUUUAUCAUCCACGCCUACCGCACGACAGUGCUGAACCUGGACUACGGACGGGCUUGGGAAAACGAGGCCAAGAGGCUGGUCAGUGAGAUGAAGUGGACAUUGUACGGCAGGCUGAUGGCCCCUGGCUACUCUAAAAUUGUUGAGGGUUACGUCGACAUUUACAAAGUAAACCAACGCUAG